UUUCUAUUACUUUGUAACUCCUUACUUUGUAAUCCCUGUUCCUUUUCUCUGAUCUCUCUUGUUGAAACCCAUUACCUGGAGGCUGGAUUUCCUGAACUGGUUCUUUUUAUUGUUGUUUUACAUUUUCUCCUGUCUUUUUCUCCAAUUUUCUUGUCUUUUUGUUCCACAUUUGAGAUUUCUUCAAUUUUAUCUUCCAACUCUUCUACUGAUCUUUCAAUUUCUGCUAUCUUAUUUCAGAACUGGUUCUUUUCUCCUCUGAAUGUUCUUUUCACACAGCACUGUGUUACUGUUUCGUGGAUGCAACCUUUUCUUUUGUCUUUCUGAAGGCAUCACGGAUAGUGUUUGCUUAUCCUUGUUCAUUUGUUUUGUGUUUUAUUCUCCCUGCCAGGCCUCUGCAUCUUCCAAGGUGCUUUAGGCAUGUAUUUAUUGUGGUUUCUGUCUUCCACCAUUAGAGGUCCCCUCAGAUAUGUGCCUAUCUUUGGUUGUAUGUUCAUGAUUAAGAGUCGGGGAGAGGGACUGAAAUGCUGGCUGGGAGCUCUGAGCUUUGGAAGGGCAUGUCUACUAUGAGGUUCACUGUAGGGUAAUCUAACCCUGUCCUUAGGGAAGCCCUACUGUCAGUAUCUUUAGAGCUUCCCCUUGGGCUGGAUAGACUCCCCAGAAGGAAAGUAGAGUCCUCUUCUCAUUUUCUAUCUAGAAUCAAGUUCACCUGCCAGAGUUCUAUCAGUUGAAAGGAGGGAGUGGACUGGGAAGUGUUCAGCACACCAUACACACAUGGUGAGUCACAAUCUCUUUCUGGUAAAAUACUCAUGACCUCCAUAGUGCUGAGUGACCCUAGCGGACCAUCUGCAGAGUUUGAACUUUCAGACUCCUGCUAAAGUCGGGAAGGGGCAGUAUACCACAUGGCAUAGGUAGAAAAUGGGAUUCUGGGCUCUAACUUUAACACUUUUCAAACUCAAAGGUUUUAACUUAUCCUCCUUAAAGAAGACAGCCCCUUCCUUCGCCCCCAGGAUCUGCCUGUCGUUGGUCCUUUUGAAGAUUUUCCAAUUUUAAAAGAGGAUGGUUCUCAACUUUCCCCUACGCAAGCUUCACAUUUAGCUUUCUCAGAGCCAGGACGCCAUCGCGUGAUGGUCUGCUUCCCAGCUUCAGUUGCUACUGUGUCCUCUCCUGUUCUCCCCAUCCUUGUGUGUUCACAACUUUUUUGAAAAAAAGUUAUAUAGAGUUAUGAGACGGAGAGAUUUUAGAUGUGUGUAAUCAGUCUUGUCAUCUUAACCACAAGCUUUGCCUUGUGUUUUUACUAAUAAGGUAACUUUGUCAUGGACUGACUUAUCCUUUAAAAAAGUAUGAAGUAUUCAUAAACAGCAAAGAUAGGGACUCCCGUCUAUGCACAGCUCUGUGCAAAUAAGAACCCUGCAUGGACCCUAGUCCCAGCAAUUUAAGUUUGCACUUGCUUUAAUCUUUUGAUGUUGAUGCUAUUAGCUUGGCUGAGCCACAGAAACUCUGCUCUCUGAAACACGUCUGCUCAUCUCCCCCCUCCAGAAUGUUUAAGUCAAACAGCACAGCACAUACCUUCCUGCCUAUGAUCCACCAACUGAGAAGCUUACAUGGCAACACAAAACACUAUCUGCUACCAAAUAUGACCCUUACUACACUUCAGAAUUUGUUUGCCCACAGUGAUAUAGAAGGGGAGCAGGGAAGUGCUGGGAAGGGGCGGGUCCCUGGUGAGGGCUCCACCCCCGGCCUGUGCCCACGGAUCUAGGUGAGGACAGGCAUUUUUGUUUUCCUGCCCAAAUGUUGCAUUUCCCCCAGACCACCCUGGCCUGCCAUGCCCUGAUCCUGUGCCUAUAAAAACCUCCGAGACCCGAGGAGGGGCCGCCCGCGGCCCCCGGCUCACUCUGGCACUCCGGGCCGCUCGGCCCCCAUGCCUGCCCAACCGCGCUGCCGGAGCCCCAGGUGACCAGCGCCAUGUCCAGCCAGGUGGUGGGCAUUGAGCCUCUCUACAUCAAGGCAGAGCCGCCCAGCCCCGACAGUCCAAAGGGUUCCUCUGAGACGGAGACCGAGCCUCCUGUGGCCCUGGCCCCUGGUCCAGCUCCCACUCGCUGCCUCCCAGGCCACAAGGAAGAGGAGGAUGGGGAGGGGGCUGGGCCUGGCGAGCAGGGCGGUGGGAAGCUGGUGCUCAGCUCCCUGCCCAAGCGCCUCUGCCUGGUCUGUGGGGACGUGGCCUCCGGUUACCACUACGGUGUGGCAUCCUGUGAGGCCUGCAAAGCCUUCUUCAAGAGGACCAUCCAGGGGAGCAUCGAGUACAGCUGUCUGGCCUCCAACGAGUGUGAGAUCACCAAGCGGAGACACAAGGCCUGCCAGGCCUGCCGCUUCACCAAGUGCCUGCGGGUGGGCAUGCUCAAGGAGGGAGUGCGCCUGGACCGCGUCCGGGGUGGGCGGCAGAAGUACAAGCGGCAGCCGGAGGUGGACCCACUGCCCUUCCCGGGCCCCUUCCCUGCUGGGCCCCUGGCAGUCGCUGGAGGUCCCCGGAAGACAGCCCCAGUGAAUGCACUGGUGUCUCAUCUGCUGGUGGUUGAGCCUGAGAAGCUCUAUGCCAUGCCUGACCCUGCAGGCCCUGAUGGGCACCUCCCAGCCGUGGCUACCCUCUGUGACCUCUUUGACCGAGAGAUCGUGGUCACCAUCAGCUGGGCCAAGAGCAUCCCAGGCUUCUCAUCGCUGUCGCUGUCUGACCAGAUGUCAGUACUGCAGAGCGUGUGGAUGGAGGUGCUGGUGCUGGGUGUGGCCCAGCGCUCAUUGCCACUGCAGGAUGAGCUGGCCUUCGCUGAGGAUUUAGUCCUGGAUGAAGAGGGGGCACGGGCAGCUGGCCUGGGGGAACUGGGGGCUGCCCUGCUGCAACUAGUGCAGCGGCUGCAGGCCCUGCGGCUGGAGCGAGAGGAGUAUGUUCUACUGAAGGCCCUGGCCCUUGCCAAUUCAGACUCUGUGCACAUCGAAGAUGCCGAGGCUGUGAAGCAGCUGCGAGAAGCUCUGCACAAGGCCCUGCUGGAGUACGAAGCCGGCCAGGCUGGCCCCGGAGGGGGUGCUGAGCGGUGGCGGGCAGGCAGGCUGUUGCUCACGCUACCGCUCCUCCGCCAGACAGUGGGCAAAGUGCUGCCCCAUUUCUAUGGGGUGAAGCUGGAAGGCAAGGUGCCCAUGCACAAGCUGUUCUUGGAGAUGCUCGAGGCCAUGAUGGACUGAGGCAAGGGGUGGGACUGGUGGGGGUUCUGGCAGGACCUGCCUAGCAUGGGGUCAGUCCCAAGGGCUGGGGCGGAGCUGGGGUCUGGGCAGUGCCACAGCCUGCUGGCAGGGCCAGGGCAAUGCCAUCAGUCCCUGGGAGCAGGCCCCACGCCCUCUCCUCCCCCUCCUAGGGGGUGUCAGAAGCUGGGAACGUGUGUCCAGGCUCUGGGCACAGUGCUGCCCCUUGCAAGCCAUAACGUGCCCCGAGAGUGUAGGGGGUCAUGCGGAAGCCAUAGGGGGUUGCACGGGAUGUGUGGGAGGCAGAAACCUAUCUCAGGGAGGGAAGGGGAUGGAGGCCACAGUCUCCCAGUGGGUGACGCUUUCGCUGCUGCAUAAUCCUACCCCCUCUUCAGAGCAGAGUGGGACUUGGAGAGCAAAGGCCCAUGCCCCCUUCGCUCCUCCUCUCAUCAUUUGCAUUGGGCAUUAGUGCCCCCCCUUGAAGCAAUAACUCCAAGCAGACUCCAGCCCCUGGACCCCUGGGGUGGCCAGGGCUUCCCCAUCAGCUGCCAACGAGCCUCCUCAGGGGGUAGGAAAGCACUGCCUCUAUGCCCUGCAGAGCAAUAACACUAUAUUUAUUUUUGGGUUUGGCCAGGGAGGCGCAGGGACAUGGGGCAAGCCAGGGCCCAGAGCCCUUGGCUGUACAGACUCUAUUUUAAUGUAUAUUUGCUGCAAAGAGAAACCGCUUUUGGUUUUGAACCUUUAAUGAGAAAAAAAUAUAUAAUA